CUUAAUUGGAUGGUAUUUUCCUCUAGUUAAUUGGGUCAAGUUCAGUGUUGAUGGAUCACUUAGAUCUCAGGGGUAAGAGUGCAACUUGUGGAGGUAUCUUUAGAGAAACUACAGGAAGAUGGGCAGUGGGUUUCUGCAGAAACCUUGGCUCUUCCUAAGGUAUGGUGGCAGGGUAUGAGUGAUUGAGUGUGUCUCACUUGGAUGCCAACUGGACCACAUAAUAAUUUUAGAUUUAAUAUAAGAUUGGUUGGUAAGUUGGUAUAACUUGACUUUGUUGUGUGAACAAGUAUACUAGAGGUAGACUUAGAUCCACAAUCACCACAACAGCUUGUUCUCACUCCUGAUUGACAUGGCUGAAUCAUUUCUUUUAGAAGUUGCUGGUUCACUACUAAGGAAGCUUGGUUCUUAUGCUUAUGAAGAAGCUUCCCGAGCCUAUGGUGUGUAUGACAAUCUGCAAGGGAUCAAAAGCACUUUGUCCAUUGUCAAAGGUGUGCUAUUGGAUGCUGAGCAGAAGAAGGACCAAAACCAUGGGUUGCUUGCAUGGCUGAGGCAGAUUCAAAGCAUAUGUUCAGAUGCUGAAGAUGUAUUGGAGGGAUUUGAGUUCCAAAGCAAGCGCCAGCAAGUUGUCAAAGCUUCUGGCAGCACCAAGAUGAAGGUAGGCUUCUUACUUUCUUCCUCUAAUCCUGUUAUUUUCCGUCUUAGGAUGGCUCAUCAAAUCAAAGAUAUUAGAGAUAGGUUGGAUAAAGUAGCAGCUGAUGGGGCCAAAUUUGGUCUUGAGAGAAUUCAUGUUGAUCACAAACUUGGUGUGCAAAGGAGAGAAAUGACUUAUUCUCAUGUUAAUGCUUCAAAUGUCAUAGGAAGAGAGAAGGAUAGAGAGGAAAUUAUCCAACUUUUGAUGCAAACCCACCAUGAUGGUGGUCAUGAUAGGGAUAAAGGUGUUUGUGUUAUUCCCAUAGUAGGAAUUGGAGGUUUGGGGAAGACCACACUUGCAAAAUUGGUGUUCAAUGAUCUGAGGAUUGAUGAACUUUUCCAACUGAAAAUGUGGGUGUGUGUGUCUGAUAACUUUGACAUCAGGCAGAUAAUUAUCAAAAUCAUCAACUCUGCCUCUGCUUCUAGCUCAGCUCCAACUAUUGCUCUUACCAACCAAGAAAGCAUUAACAGUUUAGAUAUUGAGCAGCUACUAAGUCGUCUUAGACAUAAGCUUUCUGGUCAAAAAUUUUUGCUAGUGUUAGAUGAUAUAUGGAAUGAUGAUCGUGCCAAAUGGAUUGAGUUAACAGAUUUGAUCAAAGUUGGUGCAGUAGAAAGCAAAAUCAUAGUGACGACACGUAGUAACUCAAUUGCUUCAAUGAUGGGAACUGUUCCCGUGCAUGUUUUAGAGGGUCUUUCUCUAGAGGAUUGUUUCUCUCUGUUCGUAAAAUGGGCAUUUAAGGAAGGUGAAGAAGAAAAAUAUCCAGAACUAAUGGAGAUUGGAAAAGAAAUUGUGAAAAAAUGUAGAGGGGUUCCAUUGGCUGUGAGAACAUUAGGAAAUUUCCUAUUCUCAAAUUAUGAUUCAGAUAAGUGGAAAUUUGUAAGAGACCAUCAAAUAUGGAAUUUAGAGCAAAAGAAAGAUGAUAUUUUACCUGCUUUGAAAUUAAGCUAUGAUGAAAUGCCAUCCUAUUUGAGGCACUGUUUUGCUUCUUUUUCCCUUUAUCCUAAAGAUUUUACCUUCACAAGUGAAGAAAUUGUCAGUCUUUGGGUGGCACUUGGAUUAGUUCAAUCCUGUGAUGGAAGUCAAAAGCUAGAGAAGACUGCAAAGGAAUAUAUAAAUGAGUUGCAUUCAAGAUCAUUUCUUGAAGAUAUGGAAGACUUUGGCCACUUUUACUUGUUCAAAGUCCAUGAUUUAGUGCAUGAUCUUGCCCUCUAUGUUGCGAAAGAGGAGUUUCUAGUGGUAGACUCACAUACUCAGGCUAUACCUGAGCAAGUGAGGCAUAUAUCAGUAGUUGAAAAUAAUUCACUUGGCCAUGUCGUGUUUCCCAACUCUAGAAGUGUUAGAACUAUACUAUUCCCCGUUGAAGGAGUUGGUCUUAGCAGUGAAUCUCUUUUGGAUACAUGGAUUUCACGAUACAGAUACUUGCGGCUUUUAAAUUUAAGUGAUUCUACAUUUCGAGCUCUACCUGAUUCAAUUGGUAAACUGGAGCAUCUCCGACUUCUUGAUCUUUCCAAUAAUUGUAAAAUAAAAAACCUGCCUCAUACUGUAUGCAAACUACAAAAUCUGCAAGUUUUGUCACUCAGAGGAUGCAAGAAUCUUGAAACAUUGCCUCAAGGAUUUGGGAAGUUGAUUAGUCUUCGGCAACUGUAUAUAACCACAAAGCAAUCUUUUCUGUCAGAAAGUGAAUUUGCAAAUUUGAGCAAUCUACAAAUUUUGUGUUUUGAAUAUUGUUGCAACUUGAAGAUAUUGUUCACAAGGGUGCAACUUGUUUCCCUUGAAGCAUUGUUUGUUCAUUCAUGUUGGAGCCUGCAAUCCUUACCUCUAUAUAUACUCCCUCAGUUAGUUGCUCUGUCAGUUGUAGAUUGUAAGAUGUUAAAUGUGUCCUUACUCAGCAAUGACAGACCAAUCCUGAGGAUGAAUUUUCUGCACCUUGAAGAUUUGCCGGAGCUUGAGGAAUUGCCUGCAUGGAUUCAUGGAGCUGCAGACACUUUACAAACCUUGAUAAUUAGAAAUCUUGAGCUGCAGAUACCUCCUCCUUUUCGUGUCUUGCCUCAUCUUAAGAGGUUCCAUGUUGCAAACUGUCCUACCCUGGCCAUUCUUUCAUUUGACAUGAACGAUCUCGCUGCCCUUGAGGAUUUGAGCAUAGAUGGUUGUCCUGAAUUGUGCCGAAUUUAUCAACCACGGUCCGGUCAGUUCUGGUCAGUGAUUGCUCACAUAAAAAGUGUCACCAUUGGGGAACCAACAAGCGAGGAGGAACGGAAGUCAUGGUUAUCCACUUGAAGAGCGCCUAUAAUUAAGAAGGAAUGGAGCAGGUGCUAGUUGCUCAUCUUGUUCCUUGACCAUGAGAUCAUGGGUUCCAUACUUACCUAUGAGAAUGAAACACAUUUCAUAGCCAGUCGUUUAUCACUGUUAUCGGCAGUCUGGUUGUCUGUUAAUUACCUAUAUCUCUUUCUCGUUCUUCCAUUACACAUGCAUGAAGCUUAGAAAGGGUUAAAUGAGAGGGAGUCUGAGGUUGAAGGUUGCGGUGCAGACACAGAAAAUAGUGACAAAACGACUGCCCCCAACUCUGGUAAUUGGCAUCCUUGUAAUGGCCAAUGGGUGAUUUUUCUCUGCUGGAUGAAGACAUUGCUACAGUAGUUACACAUUUGCUUGCAAGAGGCUUUGUUUCUAAAAUAAUAUUUUAACUACAUUGAGACUCACCGUUGCUAAGUGGAUUUUUCUUAUAAAGUUGAAAUUGAUACAUUUUGUUCUCUUAAAAA